AUUUUCUAGGUCUCUAUUUUCCUUUGUUUCUUGAAUAUUUCUCAGCCCUUUCUUCCAUGGCAGACUGGGCUCACCUUAACAGAGAUGUGCUGGAGCUUAUUGCCAAACGACUCUACCUUACUGACUACCAACGUUUCAGCGCUGUCUGCUCUUCAUGGAGAUCGCUCAUCUUAGAGAGAAGCAAUUGCAAGUUUCCAUGCUUAGUACUCUCCGACGACGACAAAGGCCCUGAAACUCAUGCUUUCUUCAGACUCUUCGAUGAUAAGAUCAUUAGGCUUGAGCUGCCUGAAAUCCAUGGAAUGCGCUGUUGUGGAUCAUCUCAUGGUUGGCUAAUAACAGCCUCCAACAAUUCAGAGUCACUUCAUCUAUUAAAUCCCUUCGCAAGAUUACAAAUUCAGCUUCCACCACCGUCCAAGUUUCCAUUUCAUCAGUUUACUAAUAGUCCACAAGAGCCAAUAAACACUCUUUUCAUCCAUAAAGCCAUUAUAUCUUCAGAUCCUGCUUCAUCUCCAGACUUCAUCGUCAUGGCUGUUUAUUCCGAGACGCAUAAAUUAGCUUUUUUAAAGAAGGGAGACGAGAAUUGGAGACAUGUAGACACCAGUUCUUCUUCUGGUGUUUACAUCCUUGACCUUAUAUACCAUAAAGGUAAGUUUUAUGCUGUAAGUCAGGAUGGAAGAGUACUGCUUUGUCAUCUUGAAGGGAUGAAUCCAAGAACAACAGAAAUAGCUCCUUCUCCCAUAAAAGAUGUUUUUUUUCAAAGUAGGUAUAUCGUAGAGUCCUUGUCAGGGGAGUUGCUCCAAGUUUGUAGAUCCGUGAUACAUCGUGAUGGUAUCAUCUUCAUAAAUGACAAAGAUUUGCCGUCUGACGAUGAUAAUUUUCAGUCUGAUGAUGAUGAUUUGCCGUCUGAUGACGAUGUAGAAGCAAGGCGUUUAAAUAAUGAAUAUUAUCCCCAUGAGACUGAUAGUUUCAAAGUUUUCAAGUUAGAGGAAACAAGUGAGGAAGCGCCACAGCAACGAUGGGUGGAGCUGACAAGUUUAGGUGAGGAUACCUUGUUUUUCUUAGGUCAGAAUGCUUCUCUUUCUCUCUCACUUAGAGAUUUCCCAAGCUUCCAAGGCAAAGGCAAUCGAAUUUAUUUCUCAGAUGACUAUUACGAAGACUAUUUCCGUUUUCCCGAAGACAAGUGUCCAGAUGUUAACUGUACUGAUUUCGUAGUGGGUAGUUUAGAGGAUGGGAGUAUUAAGCCAUUUUUACCCCAUGGUAUCACUCAUUCCGGUCUCACACCACCAAUCUGGCUUAUGCCCAAUCCAUCGUAGAAGAUAAAAGAGUAGCAGUCCAAAAAUUGGUAGUUAAUUUCUAGU